AUGGAAACGCUUACAAGCACCCGUCCUCCUGCUCCCCCGAUCGAUGCCACCGAACCAACCACUGCCACCAACAAAGACAAGCACACACCCAUUCAAGCCUAUGCCAAACUCGAAAGCGAUGACCAGUGCUAUUACAUUCGUACACUUCAAGUGACCAUGGGAAGAAAAGUGGCUCGACGUGGCACGGUCGACAUUCCACUCACCAACGCUAAAUCAGUUUCUCGACAACAUGCUCGGCUCUUUUACAAUUUCGCAACACAACGGUUCGAGAUGAUGGUCUUUGGCAAGAAUGGAGCUUUUAUCAACGACCAGUUUGUGGAGAAGGGUGUAACUGUACCACUAAAGAAUAAGACCAAGAUCCAAAUUGGUGAUUCUUGCUUCAUGUUCUUGUUGCCACGGAUGAACCUUGGAACGAGUGGUAGUGGUGGGCCAUCAUCACGUAGUAUGGGAGAUCAUGGUGGCUCGGGAUUGCCUCGGCAAAGCGAUAAGCAGGGUGGCAAAUCAGCGGCUAUGGAUCAGGAUGAUGAAUCAUACACCACCAACAAGGAUAUCAAACCACCAUUUUCAUACGCAUCAUUGAUCGCACAGGCCAUCAACUCGACUGAGGAUAAACGAAUGGCAUUACACGAGAUUUACAAUUACAUCACAACCCAUUAUCCUUAUUAUCAAAUGGCACAAAAUGGAUGGCAGAAUUCAAUUCGACACAACUUAUCAUUGAACAAGGCUUUUGUCAAAGUCCCUCGAGGUGAUGCCGAGCCAGGAAAGGGAGCCUUUUGGACGAUUGAUCCCAAAGCCGAGAUUCAAUUCAUGACACCUACAGUCACCAAGCGUAGUAGUAAACGGUCAUCCAAGAGUGAAAGUCCCUUACCUGAACAACCAAGGAAACGAUCCAAGAAGGAUGCAUCAGAUGAAGAGGAUGGAGAAAAGGCUGUGAAAAAGGAACCAUCCGCAUCCAAUACAAUCAACGAUCAUCAACCUAUCACCAUGGCAACAUCAGCAUCAUCUUCGUCUCCCAAGGCAACGCAUUCCAAUACAACAACAAAAUCCACCAGCCCUACCGCACAAGCAUCAUCAUCAACGACACCAUCUUCUUCUUCUCCUUCAUUAUCCACCGCCGCUACCACUGCCCCUGCACCAUCCACAUCAACGACAACGAGUACAUCCAGCCCCGCUGCUAAUAAUGGGUCACCACAACAAAACAAUAUCCAAGCACAGAUUCAAUUGCAGUUGCAAGCAACUAUCCGACAGCACUUGUUAGAUCCAUUAAGGAAUCCAUUACCACCUUCCAUUGCUCAGCUAUUACCACAAGCCAUUGCACAAUUGCCUCCUCAUUUGGCUAGUCAAUUUUCCGCCACAUUACAAUCAGCCCUUCGAGCACACUCUGCACAAUCGAACCAAGAGAACAACAACGGUAGCAGCAGCAGCAGCAGCAGUAGCAGUACGAAUAACGGCAAUGGUACUUCCAAUAGCAAUGAAAAGAGUUCAGAAGCUGCUGCUACCUCCACCUCCACCACGACGACGACUACAGCUCCUGCAGCAGCAGCAGCAGCAGAAACUUCAUCCACCACGUCUCCACCUUCAUCACCUGCACAAGCUUCUACCACAUCGUCUGCUUCUUCUUCAAAGUAA